AUGGAUGGUGCAGAAAGAGAAAACAGACAGGAGAUAAGCACAAAUGAAAACAAAGAGAAGUUAAUUGUGCGUUUGUCUCGACGUAAUACACUAAUUGAACAAGCAACUAGAAGGCAUUAUGAGAAUAAUCCCAAUGUGAUAUUUGUUUAUGAAGAAGAAGAGGUUUUAGACACACCUGAAUACUGGGCUACAAUUGCAAGGAGAGCCAAUAUUCCAGUCGAAGAGGAUGAUGUUGAGGAGGUACCUAGCUUGGUCGAUAAAGGAGAUUCCAAGUGUUACGAUAACCCAAGAGAACUAUAUGAGAAACUUUUAGCUCGACAACAAGCGUAUAAAAAACUAUCAACAGAAGCAGAAGAUGAAUACUAUGCUAAUAUCGAAUAUGAGUAUCAAUUGAAAAAGAACCGUAAGAGAAAGUCUGAUGAAAAAGAUUCAGACAGAGAGAGUAAGAUUGACAAUUUUAUGAAAUUGUUCAACUAUCAGCAGUCAAGCUUACGUGGUUCAAAAGACGCAGAACCAAGCGUAAAUACCUCUGCGGAAAACAAUGCAGAAAAACCUGAUGAUGUCGAUUCUGAUGUGAGUUUGGUUAUUCUAUCAGAGCAUGACGAUGUCAACGACAAAGUAGGUCAUCAAGAAGAAAUCGCCGAGGGUCGCUGUACGGGGAAUUAUGAUUUAGAGACGGGAUCCAACAGAAUUGCAGACGGUGAUGGAUUUGAAGUAGAAGAACUUUAUGAGGAAGAAAAAUCUAGUCUUUUAGAUGAUGUGGAAGAUGUGAGAAACUACAAUAACGAGGAAAUAAUAGAUAUACAUGAAACACUAAAUCCUGAAGGAGAUUAUGAAAAUUUUUCAGAUAAUUACGAUAUGGGAAUGAAUGUACGGGCUGAAGAAGAUAUCAAUUUAACACACAAGAUAAUCCCUGGGAUACAGGAAGUGGGUUAUACUUAUUUUGAAGAGACCGUAACAACCAGCGAAGCCUGUGAAACAGACGGGACUAAUUUAUCUGAAGAAAUUUCAGAGAAAAAUGAAGAGACUGAAGAGGGUGCUGGAUCUGAAGCAGAUUAUGUUGUAAAGAAUGACAAAGCCACGGAAGUAAAUAACUUUGUUAGCUUAGACUCAGACUCUGAUUCAUAUGGAAAAUUUGGAAAUAAUAAUAGUAUGUCAAAUGAAGGGUUAAAUGAACAAGGGUUAAGUGAAGAGUUAAGUGAAGAAGAGUUAAGUGAAGAAGAGUUAAGUGAAGAAGGAUCAAACAGGAAAAGAUUAAGUGAAGAAGAAGAAGAAGAAGAAGAAGAAGAAGAAGGAAAUAAGCUAAACAGAGAGAAUAAUUAUCUGGCUAAUGAUGCAGUUUACGCAUUCUUUUCUGCACAAUUAGAGAAUCAGCGACAAGCAAAUACAGAACAACCUUUAGAGGAGGAAGUAGUGGAAAUUCAAAGAAAUGAAAUAGAGCCAAGAAACCAGGCGGGAAUUCAAGAAAAUCAUGUCUUUUCUGAGGAUGCAUCGCUGGAUGAUAGUUUACUGGGCAAUAAUACCGAAACAAUCCAAGUAUAUCCAGAAUCCGAUACUAAAAUUUCCUCCAUUGACGAAACAACUUUUCACUCCGCAAUUGGGAAUGCAUCAAUAGAAGGAUCAACUCCCGUAAAUGAGAACAAUGCUUUAGAAAUGAGCAUACAGCAAGAGGUUCUUGAACCAUCACAUAGGCAUGUCAUUUUCAAACCUAUGACUCCUCCUCGACCACCCACGCCAGAAGCGCCGCAAUUAUUUAUUGGACUAUCCGAAUUACUCUCUGCCUCAUUAGAUAUUCAAUCUAAACAAAGUGCAGGUCAUGAUGUUGAUCCAGAACUUGUAGAGACCACUAGUAAGUUAAUAGAGAAAACAUCUAAUGUUAUUGGCGAAAUAUCAGACACAGAGUUAGAGAGAAUUAUUUCAAGACCUAGUACGGUUGACCGUGAACAAAAGAUAGACGCCGAAGAGGAAGACAAAGUGGAAAGUGAAGCUGAAUACACCGAGCAUAUGGUGGUGAUUGAUGAGCCUCAAAUUAAAGUGACAAGGGAUAAACAAUCGACACCUCUUCCAGAGAAUUACAUUACCAAAAAGGCGGCAUCAGUGUUAGACAACCUAGCAUCUGAAAGCUUUAGUGUUUUAUCAGAGUCAUCAAUGUUAGCGAACACUAAAAAUGAGGGUGCUGAUAAUUGUGUAAAUGAGGAAGAUUACAUAAACUCAUUGAUUACGGAAACACUGAAUGAUACAAAUAGAACGAAUUUGGUGGCAGCUUCAGGAGGUGUUUAUGGGGAAACUAUUCUCGAAUCCAAUGGGGAUAUAUCAAAUUGCAAUCAAUCAUUUUUUGUAGAAAGCUUAUCUGAUCAGAAAGAUGAAGAUGGCAUGGAAGAUAAUGUUACGGAUAACAAAGAGGAAACGUUUAACAAUAAUGAUGAUGAGGAGAUUAUUGAUCAUAAGUCUACAGAUACGGAUGAACUUGAAGAUUCUGUUACACAUGAUGUUACAUCUUUUAUCCAUGUCACCAAUAAUGCCAUACAAAGUAACGUCGAACCAAAUGCUGAAGUCGAUGAUAAUUUCACAAUCGGAUCUGACACCUCAGAAACGGGAAAAUUGAGAAACGAGGCAACUUUAGCAAGUAACGAACAUCUUCGGAAUGAACAUGAAGCAACUGAAAGUUUGACAGCUUCCUUUCAGGAAGAGUGCUCCAAUGCUUCUAAUUUGGAGAAAGAAGAGAAAAAAGUAAAAAAGAGAGCUUUUGAUGAAGUUGAAGAUAUUUCAAACAAUUUCGAUUCUACUGGCGAGUUUCCUAGAUUGAAAAGGAGGCAGUUUUCAAUAUUCAAUCCGUUUUCUUGGUUUGGGAAAACCACUUUUAAGAAUGUUGAAAAUAAGAACAUUUUUGAAUUUAGUAACGGCGAAAAGAUUGAGAGUAACAAGCUAUUUCAAAAUGAAUCUAUUGGUGAAGGGGUAGAUGGCGUUGCUGAAGAUAAUUGCAGCUAUAGCACACAAGAGAAAGAAAAGGAAGAGUCAGAACCUGCAAGUGCAACCGAAUUGGAAAUAAAUCAUAAUAGUGCAUAUGCGGAACAAGAAGAAACUAAUACAUUCAAACAACCCAAUGAACAAACCGAAAAUGAGCGCAGCGAAAUUGUGGACUCGAAAUAUAAUAGUUACCAGCCAAAUGCUUUUGAGAAAGCUAAACCUAUAUGUGGAGUGUCUACAGAAGGAGAAGUCGAUACCUCACACGAGCCGAAUAUUCUCACUGCAAGCCCAAAUAUUUCAACAAAUUCCGAGUCAGCCGAUAUAGGAGCUCAAGAUGUACACAAGAAGGUGGGUAUGGUGUUUUUGGACGAUACAUCUAUCUCGGAUGAUCAAGAAGGCAAGAGUACUGAAAAUAGCAAAAACUUGAAUGAAAACGAAAAUGCGGGAGGUGAAAUGGAUUUAUCAACACAAAAAUCUUGGUUUUCUGGAUUAAUUAGUGCCGUUAAAGAGUUUUCAAAAGGUGCCCUGAUUGAUGGAGCGGUUGAUGAUGAUACUGAUUCUAGCAGCAGCACACAAUCAUUAAAUGACUCUGAUAGUGCUACUGAUUCAUCAGUUUCUGCAAAACAUGGAGUGGCCUCCACAGAGGAAAGCACAAACACGGGAGAACAUACCUCUACUGAAUCUAGUUACACAGAAUCAAAGAAUGACUCAGUUUCAAGACAAGAAACAACUUUGAAUAUAGAACAAGUUGAUGAACCUGAAACCUUUGAAUUAUACGAAAAUGAACAACCUUCUGCCGAUUCAACUGUCCAUGAAAUAACUGAUUUUCUUAGUAUUGUCGAAGAAAAGUUAGAUGAGGAGAUAUUUAAUGUAGUUAAUUCCCCAAGUGAAACGGAAGCUGGGAACUCAGAACAUUUCAAAAAUUACGAACAAGAGGUUACAGAAUUUAUGGAAGUUCACGAAUAUGAAGAUGGUAAGGAAAAGUCAAUGCGUAUUGAAUUAAGCUCUGAUCCUAAAGAUGAUAACCAGCAAAUGGAAACGACAAAAUGUGGUGAUGGUGACGAUGUUGAACGUCCUCCGGUGGAAACGAGAUAUUCAGAAGAUGGUAUCAGUGAUUUGGGAGGAGCACAUUACAUAGAGUCAAAAGCAAAUAAAGACGAUAAUGAGGUGGUGUCUCAUUCAGGAAGCGAAAAUUGUAAUCUAGAAUUACCUAAACCAUUGGGAAAUAGCAGGGAUUCCAACUUUUCAGGUAUUUCUAAUGAAUUGACCUUAUAUCCUUAUAAGCUGGUUUCCUCAGAAGAAACGCUUGAAGAGACUGCUGAAUUAAAGAAAACGAAACAUAGUCAUGAGUUGCAGAAGCAAGAAGAUAAUUUUGUUGAGACUAUUUAUGUGCACGAUGCAGUACAAGAAGUGAAAGAUACUGAAACAGGUUUGGGAAAAGACGAAUCAAACUUUAAUGAUGCUGAAUCAUCAGAAGAGAAAAAAAUAGUAUCCAGUGCUAAUUUUGGAGAUGUAUUAGUUAGUAAUAAUGAUGCUGCGCCUUCAGGUGAGGUGAUUAAAGAGACAUCCAAUGGUGAAAAAAGAGAAGCCACUCCAGAGACAGAUACAAUGGAAGUUGUUGACAGCGAAGACAUGGAGGAACCAAAUGGUGAGAAAAAUUCCCAUGAUUACAAAAUACAAACAAAUGAAUCUGUUGAUGCUACAGAAAUAAUUAAAGUUGAUCCUUUAGAUUACGAGAAAAUUACCGUGAAAUCAUCGAAAAUUCCGAAAGUAGAAGUUGAAUUACUAAAAAAACCUAACAAGAGAGGCCGGGGUGAAAAUUCAGAUUCUGAAGAAGAAGAAGAUUCUCUCAAUAAACGUCUUCAUCUGCAAGAUUCAAAACUAGAAGCGCCUCCUGUUGCAGUUAGGACCAGGUCGAGAUCUCCAUCACGGAAACCGUCUGAUUCCAGUACCAGUCGUAACUUAUCGUUUGGGGAGAGUGGGAAGACAUCUUUGAAUUUUUUAGCCAAUAGAGUAUUAUCAUAUGGCUCAGAUGAGGAUCCCGUUGAGAUAAACGAGGAACGUUUACCAAGAGAUUACACAGACCUGAUUGAGGAAGCAGAUAAUUUUAUAGUUCAUGAACUUGAAAGGAAGCCGAGUGCAGCUGGUGUUAAAUCGACGAACAGUGAUAACGAGGAUAUUGAUAGGACGGCAUCAGAGAAGGAGCAAUUAAACAAUCCGCUUGUUGUUCCUAAAAGAACGAGGUCUAAUGUUUCAUCUUCUUCCAAAUCUGAAACUGACAAGACAAGUGUGGAGUUGAAAACCAUUCGUGGCUUAAGAAGCAGGCCCUCUAACUCAGUUACACCUGAGAUCAUGAGUCGCUCGGGAUCAGAUGUAGAUACUGGAUCGGAUAGUGAAGCAACACUUGGAGACCGAUUGGCAGCCGCUUCCAAGCGCAGCAAGAAAAACAGUCCAUCAGGUAAGGGAGAUCGAGAUGCAAGCGGUAGAGGGAGAGGUAGGGGCAGGGGAAGAGGAAAUGGAAGAGGUAGAGGGAGAGGUAGAGGAAGAGGCAGGGGAAGAUCCACCAGAGGCCAUAGCUCGUCAAGAGGCAGCACCAGAGCUAGUGGUAAGGGGAAAAGUAGUAGGUGA